AUGCUAUAUCAGUACACAUGGUACGCAGGGAUGUCCACACGGCGCUGGUCGGACACUACCCAUGCGUCUAUCGCAUCGAGUCAAGGUAAUCCUGGCUCAAUUGGAAGGUUAUGCUUGGAAGAUGAUCGGAGAAGGCGGUCUAGGGCGGGGGGAUGUUGGCAGUCGGAGGUCUGCGAGGCAAAAGGGAGAUGGAACAGUUCGAUGGGUCGUAUAGAGCUACGGUUCGAUGAGGAUGAACGUAUGCAGCAGCUACUAUCUGUCAGAGGAACCACGAAGUCGUCACACCGAUCACAUCCCAUCCAUCUCAACUAUGCCUGA